CAGACAAAUCAGUCCCAUCAAAUUCACUUACUCUCAGUGACAAGAUGAAGUUCUACCUUGCCAUCCUUUUCGUAGCUGCCUGCCAGGCUUUCUCAAUCACAUCUAUGGUUGAGAAAGAAGCAUUCGAUCUCCUUAUCAAAGAAGCUACACAGGAACUGGAGCAACUUGCCGUGACAGAAAUCCAGAGUGCUCUGACCACUGACGGUAUUGAUAUUACACCAUCUGAAUUGAGUUUGAUCCAGAAACUAGCAGCCAAAUUUGGUGAAGCCCUCCGCGAAGAAGUGACCACCGUUAUCUCUCAUGUUCACAGUCUCGCUGAUCUCAAGACCAAAUUUGCUCAGAAGGUUUAUGAAAACCUUCGUGUGUCAGCCCAGAAGAUUGCAGAUGGUAUUGAAAAGGGCCCCGAAGUUACCAAGAAAUUCAUCCAUGAAUUGAUGGCAGAUAUUGAUGCCAUGGAAAAGAGCGGGCAUUUUAUUACUGAUAUCGAACAAAUGUUUGAAAGCAUCUUUGAAAAGGCUUUGGCAACUGUCAGCUACGACGUUCACCAAAAACGUGACUUGAUCGAUAUCUUCGAUAAAAUCAAUGACACACUUCGUCGUAUUGUCGGCCACCUUCACGGAAAGUUCCAUGAUUUGCACGAUUUCUUGCACCAAGCUAUUUCCAAUGGAAAAGACAAGCUGAAACCUCACAUAGAAAAUAUCAAGACUUUGGCUAAGACUUUUAUCGCCCACAUCAACGACGUCAACGCUAGAGUUGCACAGCAAGCUUUGGAAUUCUUCAAACCUUGGGCAGCUUUAUUGGGUUCCACCUGGACUACAUUGGUCAACGAUAUCCACAAACGCCUGGAGCAAUUGAAACCAACAAGCGCGCCUAUAUUCUAAGUAGAAAUGUUAAGUCAUAUACACAUAAGCAUGUAUGUUAAUAUUUGUAUUUAUUACUGAAAAUAUAUUUGAAGAAUCUGCCGAAUAAAUAUGUAAACAAAAUCCUGA